GGCUGCCUGGGAAGGACUGACAUAUGCAAACACAAGAGGUUCUGAGAGAAAGGAAAACAAACUGGGGCAAGCCAAGCACUGGUGCUGCACUGCUGAAUGGGUGAGGACAGGACACACAAUGCCUGACGGUGUUCCCGCGUGCAUUACGUAACAACUGAUCUGCUAAUCGCCCGAGCAACAUUGACAAAACACGGAUAGUUUGUGCAAGGACUACAAUCGAGCUGUGAACAGGAGAUGUAGCUACUACUGAGCUGAGGAGAGCCCUGUUGGAUGUGUAGUGACCAUGCAGCCUGUCCAAGCUGGCCACAGUCUGCUGUAGUACAGUAUAUGAACGUAUGACGUAUUACAUCCGGGUGUGUGACGUGCGACCUCACCUGUAGUGAUAUUAGAACGUCAUGAAACUCCGGCCUUUGCGAUGAGGACUAUUUUCUUCCGAUGGGACCGCGUGCAAAGGGUCGUCUCAGGGCACAAGCGGUUGUGCGUCGUCGCCUGCCUCUCCUUUCUGAUCCUCUUCACCGUUUAUAACCACUAUGAAAGAAAUCAAUCCGCCAACAGACCGCGUGGCGCGAAACCGCAAGGUCCUUUCUCCAGCCGUGACCUUAUGGGACCCGCCAAGAUGGCGGACUACGACAACAUGGCGGCGGGAAAUUCGAAACUCCACCACAAGGACAUCGGACGGCGGAAGGAGGUAGAAACUCCCGCCACUUUGUUGUCAGACGACAACGAAAUCCCGGUCCACCCUCACAACAGAGUCGUCAGUUUGGUGGACGCGUUGGAAUACGAGUUUGCUUAUCCGAGUUCGAACGUCAAACACUUCCUCGGAGACUUCUACUGCCCUGCGUGUUUCGGCGAUUCUCUCUGUAAGGAUUUCGACAAAAAGUUCCAGUUUCCGAACGCCGGCCGGACGUCGCCUCUUGCUCAAAACGGAGUAUAUUUCGGCCUGAAGGCUGCGAACAAAGAACCGAUUGUCGGAAAGUUGUUAGUAGAAGCAGAGAGAUACGGGAAGUUCCACCAGUUCGCGUGUCAGGGGAAGGACAGUCUGCUGGAAGGGGACAGCUGUGACGUCAAUGGCGCCAUUGUGGAGCUGCUGAAACAGGACCUGAGCGUUGCUAGGUUACGGGAGUUUGCGGCGGAGAUGGAUCCAAACGAAGAGGAGGAAUAUAGCAUACUUCGCUGUCUGUCUGAGAGGUUCCUACAACAGGCGAAAUCGGCCUACGACAUCGACAAGGACAACGUCCUGUCCACGAACGAGUCAGCCAAACUUCUCACAACCUUCCUCCUGAACCCCGAACCGAUCAUCUUUCAGGUGUUCCACUACAACCAGGGGUGGCCCUUCCCGUCAUUCCUCGGGGCAUGCGGCCGGAUGGCGGUUUUCGAACACAGCGGGUCACCUCUGAGAUAUUACUACGAGGACACCUGGGAAACACGGAUGAAACUAACACUCAAAGUGCUGGAACUUGUAGACAAGCUGACGAACAAUGACCAGGGCUGGGUGAUCAUGCCGACUGACCUCGGGUAUGAUAACAUCGUGGUCAACAGUGAGUGGGAGCUCUACGUCAUCGAUGUGGAGGACGUGGUGAUAUUGGACUUGGCGUCCAUGCCUGGAGAUCUUCUAGUGGAAAGGGAGGUGUGCAAUGAGGACUGUUUUUACGACUUGACUGUGAAGGCGGACGAACCAGAGGAAGACAAGACGUGCGUACAACCUUACAAGCACAUCGGCGCGACCUACUACUUCCUCUGUCACGAGAUUCUCACGGACGAAGCUAAGAACAUGAGCGACAUGGACUACGAGACGCUAGAGUCCCCGAACCCGGGAGGGCUGCUCCACGACCCACCGGAGGACAUUGAGAAGGACGGAACUCUCGCGAGUCUUCUGAACGAGUGUUUGUACGAGAACACGCCUGGUGGUAGGAUGAAGGCUGUGACGGAACUAAAGGCGCUACUGAAGAAAUGGCUCGGGUUAGACUCACAGCUCACGUUUGAUAAAGACCGGUAACAACUAAACCGAUCUAAUGUCGGGAGUUUAUCUGUGUUGGUAUAAGUUAUUAGUCUCCACCAGACUCUUUUGCAGGCUGAAUAAAGAGUAGGAUCCGGCCUAAAAAGGGUAUAAAAUUGGCCGGAGCAGUUGAUGUGCUUAAAAGAGUCC